AUGAUAGGUGUCAUUCUGUCUUCGCAAUUACAUUUUCCAUGUAUUAACCAGGAGAAGAAAGCAAAGAAGAAGAAAUAUGAAAACUCCGGAUUUGUUGGUGUUGACUCCUUUAAGGUGCAGAAGGUCGCUAGCUUCCUGGAGUACAUCUAUGGAGGAAUGCAGAUUAAUUUUACAGUUGGUGUAGAUUUUACGGGCUCCAACGGUGAUCCCCGCCAACCCCAGUCACUUCACUACAUCAACCCAUACCAGCCCAACCAGUAUCAGCAGGCCAUACAGGCUGUGGGCGCUGUGUGCCAGGACUAUGACACAGACAAGUUGUUCCCAGCUUUAGGUUUUGGUGCAAAGUUGGCUGAUGGUCAGGUUUCACAUGAGUUUGCCAUGAACUUCAACCCACAAAACCCCUACUGUGCAGGGAUACAUGGGAUCCUAGAGGCGUAUCAAAACUGUAUCAUUAAGGUACAGUUAUGGGGCCCCACUAACGCAGCCCCUAUCAUCUACCAUGUAGCAAGGUUUGCAGACGCCGCCCAGAGAGAGGAGCAAGCAAAAGGGGCCCAUGCAUAUUUUGUACUUCUUCUUCUGACGGACGGUGUGCUGACUGAUUUUGAUGAGACUAGAAAGGCAAUCGUCUAUGCGUCAGGCCUUCCUAUGUCGAUCAUCAUUGUCGGCGUGGGCAGUGCAGACUUCAGUGAAAUGAAUGUCCUGGAUGGAGAUGAUGGUAUAUUGAAGGACCCCACUGGACGUCCUAUCCAGCGAGAUAUCGUGCAGUUUGUACCUUUUCGAGACUUCCAGAGAGCUUCAGCGGUGGAAUUGGCCCGUCACGUUUUGGCGGAGGUACCACACCAGGUUACACACUACUAUAAGAUGAGGGGGCUGGCCCCUAGACCUGCCGCUCAACAACAGGCUCCACCCAUGUAGGGAAUGGCAGUGGAAACAGGGUCAACCUUUGUGUUGAGUGGUUAUGUUGGCAACCACAGCCUGUCAGAGUUACUUAGCAACAUAGUAACUAGACUUUUCACUUAGUAAUAUUUUUUUUUAUAUAUAUUUUUAAUCUCUCGGGUACAAUUAUUGCAUAGGUAUUAGAAUCUUAUUUACUGCUUAAAGCAUUUUGUACAUACAUUAAGUUAUUUUUUUAUGACUAUUUGAAUAGAAUUAUAUUUUCUUGUAGUUUUAAGUAUGUUUCAAAUAUAAUUCCCGCUUAAAUGUUGUACGGUAUAUAGAUUAAAACUGCAUUAUCCAAAUACAAAAUAAUAACUUUGCAGAAAUUAUUUCUAAUGAACAUUAAAUUUGACCUACCAAAAUACAAAAAAGUUUUGCAAUAGGUAAAGUUGUUUAAAUUCAAUUAUUAUUAAUGGUAUAUGUUGUGGACAUGCAAUAGCUUUUAAAGCUUCUGUUGUAUAUAUUUUAGUAAGUGCACUUUACCAAGCAAAUCUUAACUGCCCGUAAAGUAGAUAUUUCAUUUGGAUGAACUCUUUUACACAUGAACGUAAUUAAUUGCCUUUCUUUUGUUGCGCAAUUGCAUUUCUUUUGUUAUGCAAUUGCAUUUCUUUUUUUACACAAUUGCAUUUCUUUUUUUACACAAUUGCAUUUCUUUUAUUACAAUGGUGAUGUGGUUGUUAAUUAUUAGUUUUUCAUUGUUAUCUAAAAUUGUUAGUAGUAUUUAAGCUUACCCAAUGUUGGCAUGAAUUGUUACAGAACAAUUUAAUAGAUGGCUUUACAAUUUAGUUUAUUUUAUCUUUGUUGUUAAGUCAUUAUGUGCAAUAUAGCGAUGUAUCUGUACACAUAAUUUACAUAUUAACUCUUAUAUUGUAUUCGUCAACAAAUUUGUUAUUAGUUGAACACGUUGCCUAAUUUGUUGUUUAUGAAUGCAUGAAUUCAAAUUGUACACAUUAAAUAAUGUUAUUCAAAACAUAGAGAAAACUAUGUUGUAUGGACUAGUGUGACUUUGUUUAUAAAAUGAACUCAACAUUUAUAAUAAUUAUAAACUACUGGUUCACUUAUUAAAACCAGUAGAAAUGUUUGUUGUACCAUCCAACCUUUAAUAAAUCUCACUCAAGAACAUCUGCCUAAAUGACAAAAGAACAUUAUUAAUUUUUUUCCACUGCAUGUUGUAAAACUUUAUUUGCUUGGUAAAUUAUGAAAAUUGCAAGCAGUAAUCACAGCUAUUUGAAUAGAUAUUAGUAUUUGCAGAGGCACAUCAACCGUCAUUUUUGACAUGUCGCCAUCAACACCAUUAUAUAAUGAAAUGGAAUAAGAACAUAUUCCAGAUCAUUGAAAAGAUGUUUAUUCAUGUAUUGUUUUACAAUUGUAAUAAAUCCAGUGAAAUACUCUUUUUGCAUUUAAAAUAUUUGAUUAUUUUACUUAAAGAUUACUUGAAGAACAGUAAAAGUACCUUUAAAGAUCACUCUCUUAAUCACAUGUGUAUUUUAGUUACCGGUAAUGUUUCAGUUUUAGAAGCAGCUAUGGAAUGUGUACCUUAGUUACCGUACCGUUGCAGUUUAAGUAGCAGCUAUAGAAUGUAUACAUUAGUUACCCUUGCAGUGUCAGUAGCAGCUAUGGAAUGUGUACCUUAGUUACUGUUGCAGUGUCAGUAGCAGCUAUGGAAUGUGUACUGGUACCUUUUUUACUGUUGCAAUGUCAGUAUCAGCUAAUGAAUGUGUACCUUCGUUAUCGUUGCAGUGUCAGUAGCAGCUAUGGAAUGUGUACUUUAGUUACUGUUGCAGUGUCAGUAGCAGCUAUGGAAUGUGUACCUUAGUUACUGUUGCAGUGUCAGUAGCAGCUAUGGAAUGUUUACCUUAGUUACUGUUGCAGUGUCAGUAGCAGCUAUGGAAUGUGUACCUUAGUUACAGUUGCAGUGUCAGUAACAGCUAUAUAAUGUGUACCUUAGUUACUGUUGCAGUGCCAGUAGCAGCUAUAGAAUGUGUACCUUAGUUACUGUUGCAGUUUCAGUAGCAGCUACUGUUGCAGUGUCAAACUGUCAAUAGCAGUUUUGGAAUGUGUACUUCUGUUACCCUUGCUGCGUCAGUAGCAACUAUGGAAUUCGCACCUUAUUUACUGUUGCAGAGAUAGUAGCAGAUAUGGAAUGUGUACCUUAGUUACCAUUGCAGUGUCAGUAGCAGCAAUGGAAUUUGUACUUUAGUUACUGUUGCAGUGUCAGUAGCAGCUAUAGAAUGUGUACCUUUGUUACCAUUGCAGUACCUUAUUUACCAUUAAUUACAGUUUCAGUAGCAGCUUUGGAAUACCAAAGACAAGAAUAACUAUGUAGCUAAGAUCUGGAAAAAAUUGUGGAAACAAUUAUUUGAUAAUAUAAAGACAUUGAAAAUGAGGUCAAUUGUGCUGCUGAAUUAUAUUCAUUAACUUGUUUAUUGUGUGAUUUUAUCUAGGCAUGUUUUCUCAUUAUCUGAUCUAUAGUAUAAUCUGAUUUUAAUGUCUGAACAUCAUAAAUAAAUGUUAGUAAAUCAAUAUCUGGUUAUAGCAUACUAUAUAAACUGUUGCUUUACAUUUUGAAGCUUAAAUCUUUCAUUCCCAAUACUACCUCUAUAAGAAAUGCAACUUUCUCAAUUUACUUUUGUUUGCAUUACAACCUUCUUUAUUAAAGAUAUGUUUAUCCUAAGUUAUGAUUCAUUAAUAGUUAUUGCAAUGAUAGAUGAGUACAUUGUGUAAUAUUUAAUUCGUAGUGUUUUUUUUUCUUUUUUCUUUGACAACUUUCUAAAUGGCAGAGGGAUUUUUUAGCUUGGCAUGAUAAUUAAAAAUCACAAUUCUAAGUGUAAGUGAUGUAUCUGAAAUCUUAUUUAAAGUUUGUGUUUAAUGGUCUUGUGUCUACUUUUAUCUUGCCUGUUCAAAUAAUCCUCUCUUCUUAAAUAAGUGUGACAAUGUAGUUCAAGCACUGAUCAACUGAAUGUUGGACUUCAUUUUCUGUUUUUGGUUUUACUAGACAAACACAAUUCUUAUAAAUUCUUAGUCAAUUCUAAAUAAAUGGUGAAUGUUAGCUUUUUCACAUAUUGAUAAUCAAUGAGUGAUUUUUGCAGACCAGAAGGGGAAUUUAAUUAUAAUAUGGUUUAAAACACUGACUUUAUGAGAGAAAAAAAAGGUUGAAAUCUCCAUAAGACACGUGUUUCUAUUUUUCUAUUCUUAUAUAAAUUUACAUUUACUGUACUACAGAACUAUAUUAGAAAAAAGAUCUCAACAGGUGAUCAUAACUGAAGUAUAAUUAAGAAAGUAUUGUUUUCUGUCCCUUUACAUAUCAUUUGUUUAAAGUAUUUUUUUACACUGAUACCAUUGUAUUUUCCCUUGUAGCUAAAUGGAUAAAAUUUUCAAAGUUGAUUGCUAUAAAGGAGUAGUUCUGCUUAAUUAACUCAUUUUUUUCAAAAAUGUAAUUUUUUAUACUAGAAAUACAGCAGCAAAUACUACUAAGUUAGUAAAAACCAGUAGUGUAAAGUUCGCCCCCAUUCAUUUAUUAUUUUAUGUAUAGCACGAAUUUGUUCUAAAAGUUACUUCAAAAGUCCAUUGAAUCUAUGAAUUGGCAAUAUAACUGCUGAACAGUUUUGUUUAAUAUUUACAUUACUUACGUGUAUCUACUACCGGUAUACAAAAUUGUAAUUUUCACAGGUAAAUGUUUUAGUUCACCUGAGCACAAUGUACUUAUGGUGAGCUUUUGUGAUUGCCUUUUGUCCCCCUUUUUUGUGCUGCUUUGUUAACACUUUUAGAGGCCACAUUUAUUGUCCGAUCUUCAUCAAACUUGGUCAGAUUAUUUGUGCCAAUGAAAUCUUGGACAAGUUCAUAAUUGGUUCAGGUUGGUUGAAAAACAUGGCUGCCAGGGGGCGGGGCAUUUGUUUCCUUAUAUGGCUAUAGUAAAACCUUGUUUACACUUUAGAGGCCUCAUUUAUUGUCCGAUCAUCAUUGAACUUGGUCAGAAGAUUUGACCCCAUUAUAUAUUGGACGAGUUCGAAAAUGUUUCUGGUUGCUUGAAAGAUAUGGCCACCAGGGGACAGGGCAUUUUUCCUUAUGUGGCUAUAGUAAAACCUUGUUAAGACUCUAGAGGCCACAUUUAUGGUCUGAGCUUCAUGAAACUUGGUCAGAAGAUUCGUUACAAUGAUAUCUUGGAUGAGUUCUAUACUGGUUCCGUUUGAUUAAAAAGCAUGGCUGCCAGGUGCAGGGCAUUUUUUCCUUAUAUUGCUAUACAUUUGUAUUCAGUUAUUGUAAAACCUUUUUAAAACUCUAGAGGCUACAUUUAUUUGCUGAUCUUCAUGAAGCUUGGUCAGAAGAUUCGUCCCAAUGACAUCGUGGAUGAGUUUGAAAAUGGCUCCCGUUGGUUGAAAAACAUGGCCGCCAGGGGGCGGGGCAUUUUUCCUUAAAUGGCUAUAUAUGGCUUUAGUAAAACCUUGUUUUAUUGUCCGCUGUUCAUGAAAAUUUCUCACAAGAUUUUUCCCAGUGAUAUCUUUGACAAGUUCCGGUUCCGGUUGGUUGAAAAACAUGGCCACCAGGGGGCGGGCAGUUUUCCUUUUUUGGCUAUAGUAUAAACUUGUUUACACUCUAAGUCACUUUUAUAGUCUAAUUUACUUGAAACUUGGUCAGAACAUUUGUUCUAAUGAUAUCUUGGAUGUGUUCGAAAAUGGUUCUUGUCUGUUGAAAGAUGUUGCCGCCAGAGAGCAGGGAAUUUAUCCUUAUAUGACUAAAGUAAAACCUUGUUAGAACUUUAAAGUUACAUUUAUGGUUCACUGUUCAUAAAAGUUGGUAAGAUCAUUUAUCUAAUGAUAUCUUCGGCUGCUCAGAAAAGGUCAGUUCCUUUUAAUUUCAGGUGAGCGAAUUUGGACCUUUCAGGCCCUCUUGUUGUAUUUUGCUACUAUAGUUGUGUCUUAAGCAUUUUUAGCAUGUUUAAUAUCUUCAUUAUACUUUUCAUCUCGUCGUUAUACAUGUAUUAGUAAUAAAGGUGUAUUAAACUAAUGCUCUACUUAAA